GAGCUCGUCGACGGCGGCGGCGACGUCGCGGUGACCAAGGCGAACCUCGAGCGCUUCUUCGAGCUGCGCCUGCGCGAGUGCGUCUUCGAGGCGCACCGGGAGGAGCUCACGGCGCUCCUCGCGGGCUUCCACGAGCUCGUGCCGCCGCACGUGACGCUGCUGUUGACGGCGCGCGAGCUCGAGCUCGCGCUCUGCGGCACGCCGUCGCUGGACCUGAGCGACUGGCGGCGGAACACGGUCUACAAGGGCGCCUUCGAGGCCGCCAAGCAGGACCACCCGGUCUGCGCGGCGUUCUGGAAGGUCGUCGACCGCUGGGACGACGAGCAGCGCGCGCGGCUCCUCCAGUGGGCGACGGGGUCGUCGCGGCUGCCCGUGGGCGGCUUCCGCAACCUGCAGCAGCGCGACGGCGUGUCGCGCUGCUUCACGCUGACGUCCCUGCCCCUCGCGACGGCGGCCUACCCGCGGAGCCACACGUGCUUCAACCGCAUCGACCUGCCGCUCUACGAC